AUGUCAACAAACAAUCCAAGAAAGGUGGGUACUUUUCACCUGAUUCGCCAAGUGGAAGCACAUCACUACUGCGGCCAUCUGAACGAAGACAUGCGACAAUGUCUGGUCUACGACUGGCCUGAUGCCGAUGCGCGGUUGAUCGGGCUGGAAUACAUAGUAACUGAAGAACAGUUUUUAACUCUUCCGGACACCAAAAAACCGAUGUGGCAUAGCCACGAGUAUGAGGUGAAGAGCGGCGUGCUCUUCCUUCCCGGUGUUCCCGGUCCGGUUGAACGAAAAGAUCUCGAGAAAGUGGCGAAAACAUAUGGGAAGACCAUACACUUUUGGCAGGUGGAUAGUGGUGAUGAACUGCCGCUCGGGUUACCGCAGGUGAUGAUGGCGCUAACGCGAGACGGGCAACUCUACCCGAGCCUCACCAUCGUUUCGUUUAUUCCAACUAUAGGGGUGUUUGUUAUUCGGUUUUAAACCGAUUUAACCAAAAACUGUUUAAAAUCGAAGCAAAUUACAUAUUUGGUUUUGUGGUUUGGUUUUCGGUAACAAAAGUAUGAAACCGUUAUAAACCCGAACAGAAUUACAUGUUUGGUUUUCCGGGUUCAGAAAUCUAAACUGAAAUCGACCAAAACCAAACAAUUUUACAUAUUUGGUUAUGGCGGUUUGGUUUUUGGUGGUUUUCUGGUUCAGAAUUCUUAACUAAAACCAAUGUGGUAUAUCUCAAUACGUGACUCAAGUUGGUACGACCAUCGGGUACACCAUUACUUCGGCGAUCAGUAUGGCGUAAGCGAUAACUAAAAACUCAGAACUUAUAGUUUAAAUGUGUUUGUUUAGCUAGCUAAUUUUGGAAUAUCUUGUGGUUAACCAGGGCGGUUAAACAGAUAUUUGUUUCUCAUGGUAGAAAAAAUCCGUGAUCUUUUGUUAUGAGAAUCUGAUCAAGAACUAUCAUUAUUUUCGCAGGGUUUAACAGGGUUUAACGAAGAUAAAGCGAUGUAGAAGUGUAUCUUCAGUACACACAAAAAGCUCUUGAAAUGCUCAUCAAGAUCUCAAAGAUUUGAGAGCUUUAAAGACCAAAGGAUUAGAACAAAUUUAUAUUGUGUUUUUUGAUAUCGUAUAUUGUGAAUAUUAGAUUCAGUUACUAGCAUGUUUUAAUAAACCUUUGGAAGGAGUCAACUUUGGUAUAAAUAUAGCAAUUGUUUUUUACUUUUUAGCA